ACUCUCACAGGUGGAGACAGCUCUUCUACAACCACAGGCAGUGCCUCUCCGGUUCCUAACAGUUAUGAGUCUCUGGAGGGCGGCGGUUACUCGGAUCUUGCAGCUCCUCCUGCUGGUGUCCCCGCCAAGCAAGCUCCACCCUUCGGAUACAAUUAUCCAACCGUGCAUCCUGCUUACCAACAAAACCCCGCCCCCAAACCAGACCCCUCCCCCUCUCACGGAGGGUACAACCCACCAGGAUACCAGCCUUACUCGCAGCCUUUCCCGUCGCUGUCUGAGCUGUCGUCAGCGUUAGGAGGCCUCGGCGGCGUUUCUGAACAGGAGGCUGAAACCUUGAGACCCGUGAAUCUACUCCAGGAGAGAAACAUCCUUCCUCCCAAACGCGCACCUCCACCUGAGCCCAACCUGAGCAAUGACCUGCGCAAGGUCAACUGCAGCCCCGACACUUUUCGCUGUACUCUCACUAACAUUCCUCAGACUCAAGCGCUAUUGAACAAAGCUCGUCUGCCUCUUGGAUUACUGCUCCAUCCCUUCAGAGAUUUAACGCAGUUACCAGUGAUCACCUCUAACACUAUAGUUCGUUGUCGUUCGUGUCGGACGUAUAUAAACCCUUUCGUUUCGUUUCUGGAUCAGCGCAGGUGGAAGUGUAAUCUGUGUUACAGAGUCAAUGAUGUUCCAGAUGAGUUCAUGUAUAACCCUGUAACUCGUUCAUAUGGUGAGCCUCACAAGAGACCAGAGGUCCAGAAUUCAACGGUGGAGUUCAUCGCUUCCUCUGAUUACAUGCUUCGGCCUCCUCAGCCUGCUGUGUACCUGUUCUUGUUGGAUGUAUCCCACAAUGCUGUGGAGUCAGGCUACUUGAAUGUGUUUUGCCAGUCAUUACUGGACAACCUUGAAAAGUUACCCGGAGAUACUCGUACACACAUCGGGUUUGUGACGUUUGACAGCACCGUCCACUUCUAUAACCUGCAGGAGGGUCUUUCUCAGCCUCAGAUGCUAGUGGUGUCUGAUAUUGAUGAUGUUUUCAUCCCCACACACGACAGUCUGCUGGUGAAUCUCAAAGAGAGUAAAGAGCUGGUGAAGGACCUGCUCAAUGCACUGCCGGGGAUGUUCACGCACACACGUGAGACCCAGAGCGCUCUGGGUCCGGCUCUGCAGGCAGCGUAUAAACUCAUGUCCCCUACAGGAGGUCGGGUGUCCGUGUUUCAGACCCAGCUGCCCACCCUCGGCGCUGGACACCUGCAGUCACGGGAAGACCCCAACCUCAGAUCUAGCACCAAGAAUGUCCUGCACUUGGGUCCUGCUACAGACUUUUACAAGAAACUUGCUCUUGACUGUUCUGGACAGCAGAUCGGAGUGGAUCUGUUCUUACUGAGCUCCCAGUACUCAGACCUGGCUUCUUUAGCAUGUGUGUCCAAAUACUCAGCCGGCAGUGUCUUUUACUACCCGUCCUUCCAUCAUGUUCACAAUCCCGCACAGACCCAGAAAUUCCAGAAAGAUCUGCAGCGAUACCUCACCAGAAAGAUCGGGUUUGAAGCUGUAAUGAGGAUCAGGUGCACCAAAGGCUUGUCCAUCCACACUUUCCAUGGCAACUUCUUUGUACGCUCCACUGAUUUGCUCUCUCUGGCCAACGUGAACCCAGACUCUGGUUUUGCUGUGCAGAUGUCAAUCGAGGAGAGUUUAGCUGAUACUUCGCUCGCUUGUUUUCAGGCUGCUCUUCUUUACACAUCCAGUAAAGGUAAACGUCGAAUCCGAGUGCACACUCUGUGUCUGCCGGUUGUCAGUCAGUUGAGUGAAGUGUUUGCUGGAGCUGAUAUCCAGGCCAUCUCAUGCCUUCUGGCCAACAUGGCUAUCGAUCGCUCCAUCUCCUCCAGUCUGUCUGAUGCCAGAGAUGCGUUAGUUAAUGCCGUGGUGGAUUGUUUAACGGCAUAUCGUGCUAACGGCUCAAACAUCCAGCCCUCCGGUCUGAUCGCCCCUGCCGCCCUGCGUCUCUUCCCUCUAUAUGUACUUGCUCUGCUCAAACAGAAAGCUCUGCGAACCGGCACCAGCACCCGUCUGGAUGAGCGAGUGUUUUCCAUGUGUGAGUUAAAGAGCCAGCCACUGCAGCAGAUCAUGCGCAUGGUUCAUCCAGACCUCUACCGCAUCGACAACAUGACCGAACAGGCGGCGCUGCACCUGAAUGACUCUGUGAUUCCUCAGCCUCCCUUACUUCAGCUCACUGCAGAGAAACUCACCAGAGAGGGGGCUUUCCUCUUGGACUGUGGCAGCGUGAUGUAUUUGUGGGUGGGGAAGGGCUGUAAUGAGACGUUCAUACGUGACGUGUUGGGCUUCCAAAAUUAUGCAUCCUUACCGUCCAACAUGACUGAGAUCCCUGAGCUGCAGACGACGUAUUCAGAGCGAACUCGAGCAUUCAUUUCUUGGCUGCUGGAGUCUAGAACCUUCCUUCCUGCUUUUCAUGUGGUCAAGGACGAUGCCUCGACCAAGACCAGUUUUUUCCAGCACCUCGUGGAGGACCGCACUGAAUCUGCCUUCUCUUAUUACGAGUUCUUGCUUCACAUUCAGCAGCAGAUGUCGAAGUAGAAUGGAGGAACCCCAUAGAACCGGCCCCAGGUUUAAGGCUAGCUUCUGUUCCGCGGCUCAACUAUAGCAAGGGAGCUCUUUGAUUGGACCGCAGAGAGGCAGAGACACGCCCCCUGGCACCACCAGCCAAUCAAAGCCUGUGGCUCUGUGCGGGAGUGUUUAAAGACAAUUAAGGAUAAAAUAAGUUAAAAAGUCAAUAAUUAUUGGACUAUUACGGCAACAAAAGAGAGCACAGAGGACAAAGAUGAAAUGUUGUAGACUCGACUUGCACAUAGAGACACUGAACAAGCUGUUUUCAAUCAUUCCCAUCUGCUUACUCCCCUUUCAUAUUUAGCCAUCAUCAUGAUUAGCGAGAUGCAGCGAAGAACAUUUUUGGUGUUCAUUUUCCUGUAGCUAAUAUUGUGUUUGUUUCCAUUGUCAGAAUCAUUGUAAGCAUGUAUUUCAGGUUUUAAUACAUGCAAAUCAUGCAGAGUUCUUUGUUGCAUAUUAUUCACUCUAAAACACUUUUGUGCUUUUAUGUUUUCUUUAUUUGCUCCUUUUGUUCUCCUCCUGACACUUCCCCUGUCCCAAUGCCUCCUGUCCUUAUGUAAUGUGGCUUGUGAAACCCUGUCCGUCGUGAUCGUGUAAUAAUUCAUCUGUCUUCAUCCAGCAUCGACUCAGCAGUGGCUGCUCAACUUCUCUCAUCUUCUCAACAUCAGCUGCUUGAAACCGUUCAAUGAGGCUACGAAGUUCCUCGCUGGCAACGCUUUGUUUUCUUUGAGAAAAUGGAUCAGGCCACCAACAAAUGUUGCUAUCUACUUUGUAACUCUGAACACACAAAAAAAUAAUAUUUUAAUGUGCUUUAAUUUAUGACAAGCUUAUUGAAUAAAAUUAAAUGAUAAUUCUA